UGAGAGAGAAGCGGAGAAGGUUCUCGCGACUGUGAAGGCGGCCGCUCAAUCAAUUGAAAGGGACGGCGAUUGUUCAAUCAGAGACCGGAUACGGGAGUGACACGAUGUCGGUGUCGCUACGGGCUAGAGCUGGACUGGUGAAGAGAUCGCGAUGCCUGGUCCGGUACCUGGCCGCCCGGUGUCGCCGGUGUGAGACAGUGGAGGCUCGGCUCAGGGUGGUGACUGCCGUGCUGGUGUGUGUCGUGGUGUGCGAGGUCGCAGUGGUGGUGUACUUGUACGUGCUCGCGGCUGCCCCGUCUCAACCCCUAGCCAGGACCAAGCGGGAGAGUGCGGUACUCGAGAACACUGUCGGCAAUCCGGAGUCCGAGCUAAGUGUAGAAUUCGUCAACCCCAAGCUGCGCGCAGAACUCGAGGAAAAGGAGAAAUUCAAUGGGAGCAAAACUGAGAAAGGUGCCAACCCUUGGGUUUGGUUGACUUCUUACUCCAGAGUUCCG